GUCCCUGGACCGCAGCACGGCAGGGGGAGCCAGGCCCUGAACCGCAGCUCGCACUUCGCUCCCCUUGUAUCACGCGUGUCUCGCCCCGCCCUGGCAACUCGCGCCCUCCAGCUGCGCGCUGCCUGAGGUCCGCACAGCGCGGCGCCGCCCGCGGCCCGCUGAAGCCGGCAUGGCGGCCGGUGGAGGCGGAGCGCGGCGCCACGUUGCAACGCGGGGACAGGCACGGCCCUGGGCAGCCGGCGCGUGGCUGUGCCGGCUCCCAGCAGGCAGCGCGCCGCCAGGCGUGGGCUCCCGCGGACACCCGCCCCACGCAGGGCCCGCAAUGAGCCCUCCGCGCCCAGCGCCUCGUUAGAACCUGGGCGGCCACCCGCCGCGACGGCGCCUGAGUCACGCCGACCAAUCCCCGCUCGCUGGCGGACAGGGCGGCCAAUAAACCGAACCCUUUGGGGCUCACGCGCGUAGAGGGCGGAGCUAAUGAGGCUGGCCCGUGCUGCGGGCGCGGGCCUGGCGGGGGGCGUUCGGCGCUGGCUGCUGGGGCCGCGCGCAUGGAGGGCGGCGGACGCUGACACCCCCGGGGAGGUGACUAGCCAGGGCGGCAGCUGCGGCGCUCCUGGCUCUCGUGCGCACGCAUCGCAGCCAAUCUGCGCUGCGGGAGCCCCCCAGGCCGGCGGGCGGCCCGGACAGUCCGUGCGCCUCGGGCUCUGGUGUCUGCCCCCGCUGUGGCGCGUCUCGUUCCUCUGCCCACGCAGGCAGGGCUGUCGCUCCCGUGUAGCCCCCACGCCGCCUCUCCGCUCGUAGCGGGCGCGGUUGCUAUCCGGGGCCCUCCCCGGCGCCCUGUCCCCACUCACUCGCCACCCGCGCCUCUGCUGGGGAGGCUGCUGCUCCUUCCGUCUUUGCCUUGCACCUGUCGCGGAGGGGGGGUGUCUAGUCCUUGCAGGUACCUUCCGUGUCCAAGCCUGCGACUGAGAUGAUGCUGCUGACUGGGGAGAGGGCUUGCUGUGUCGUUAGUGCUUCCAGUGCACGUGGGAAUUCCGUGGGGACCCCAGCCCAGGGAUCCUGGAGCUGCAGUGGGGUCCUCUUGAGCCAGAGUCCAGGGAUUGUGCUCUGCCAUGGAGCUAUUUUCUCUCCUUUCCUCUUGGAGGAGGUGAUAGCAGCAGAGCAGGGCAGCUGGUCCCACUGCAGCGUCCUGCUGGCGAACAGCUUCUCCCCAGAUAUUCAGAUCCAGGUUCUCUGGCCUGCAGAAAGCAGAAGCAGAGGGAAUGGUAAGGGUGUGUUGGGCAAAGAUUUGAGGGCCUGCAGCCCAGCUCUGGGGUUCAAUCCCCUUGCAAACCAACAGGGCUCCCCUGAUACCCUCAGACAGCAUGAGGCCAAGCUCCUUAUGAUGGUGCCCUGCCCAGAGUUCCAGGACACCUUCUCCAGAGUCUUCACCCGUGCUGAGCAGUGGCAUUUCUGUAGGAGUGAAGAUGAGCAGGAGCAUGGGGCACUCUUGGAUGAUUUGCGCUAUCUGCAUUGGUUUGCCUUGCUGGAAAUUCCAGACUUCAACUCACCUGGUAUAGCUCAAGUGAGCUGUGUGCUGGCCGAGUCACUGAGGAAAGGUGACACGCUGUUUGCCUGUGGCUCCCCUUUUGGUUCAUUUUGCCCAGACAUUUUCAUUAACACCCUUAGUAGAGGGAUAGUGAGUAACUUAGCUGGAGAAGGCAAUGUCCUUAUUCUGACUGAUGCUCGUUGCUUGCCUGGCACCGAAGGAGGAGGGGUCUUUGUGUUCUCUGAAGAUGGUUUUAACCUAGUUGGAAUAAUUGUGGCUCCACUUUGUUGGAAGGCCAAUGAAUGGAUUGGAUUGACGUUGGUUUGUUCAAUUUGCCAUAUCCUGGAGAAUGUCAAGAGUGUCUUGGUUGGGUCUGGAAGUUCUAUGAAAACCUGGUGGCCUCAUGUGCAAUUGGUUACUAAGCCUGUUGGGAAGAUGGCAUUCAGCCCUGGCCCUGCACAGCAUCUCUUGUCUGCGGUGGUGUUGGUGGAGUGUGGUCAAGUCUGGGGAUCUGGAGUGCUGGUCGGUUCAAGGCUAGUGUUGACCUGUCGACAUGUGGUGAAUGAAGCCGCGGGUGUCUGUGUAAGGGUACAGCACAGUCCUGAAAAGGUCUGUGUCCUUAAAGGGAAAGCGGUGUUUACUACAAAUGAUGAUUCUCCCUAUGACAUAGCAGUGGUAGAACUAGAAGAAAGCUUACUCUGUUUUGCAAAACCUGUUUUAGCUACUAAGUUUGGUACAGGAGAAGAAGUGAGUGUUGUUGGCUUUGGUGUGUUUGGCCAGAGCUGCGGCCCAUCAGUGACAUCAGGAAUCUUGUCAGCUGUGAUCACUGUGGAUGACAAGCCAGUGAUGCUUCAGACAACCUGUGCGAUUCAUGGUGGCUCGAGUGGGGGUGCCCUUUUCUCUACAAACAGCGGAAAGCUCCUUGGGAUUGUUGCUAGCAACACAAAGGACAACAGUGUAGGAGCUACAUACCCUCACCUGAACUACAGUGUUCCCAUCACAGUUCUACAGCCAGCAGUCUUGGAGUACAGCCGUACUGGAGACCUGGAUGGUUUCCAGGAGCUGAACAGGGCCAAUGACAAAAUCAGACUAGUGUGGCGGCUCCAAAGAAAGACCGCAGAGGUACCGCACAGCAAGUUAUGAGGCUGGCCAUCUCAGAGAAGAAAGGGUGAAGGUGGCAGAAUACUCCCACAAACAGGGAAAGAUGCGACCUGGAGCUACGUUGCCACUAGUCCCUCAUCUCAUCAUCUGCUACAUGGAGGCUUUCUGGGACUGAUAAUGGAAAUUGUGGCUGGAAUUACACAAUGGUUUCAAGAAGCUAAAUGGACAGCCUUAUAGCCAGUUCUACUGGUCUAAGCAGCUCCCAGCUUUGCAAAGAGUAGAACACUGUAAGGAGUAUUCUGAAGCCCACAAGACGUCUCGCUUACACACACACAAAAUUCUAAUCAAUGGACAAAACAAAGCUGCAGUCUACGUGAUCACCCAUUGUCAUUGAACCUUCCUCUGCCCCUCCCCCACAAUCCCUAAUAAAUGGACUGACACCACCAAUACAUUUCACCUGGCCCCACUAAUGGGUAUCAUAUAGCGACAGCUUUUGGGCACUACCAAUCUGAGUCAGGUUCCAGCCAAGCUUUUGGGUUUUCAUAGGACAGCAUGUGCCUAUCUGAUCCUGUUAGUUCAUGGCUUGUCCUGCCUGUACCAGCUGCAAGAUACACUUUCUCCAAGACCAUCAGUGGCUCUUAGCCAAGAUGGUCAGGGACACACCCCCAUGUUCUGAGUAUCCCUAAACCUCUGACUGCCAGAAGCUGGCACUGGACAAGAGCGGAUGGAUGGGAAGGAAGUGGGUACAGAACAGGUUUUCUUGGGCUCUUAUUGUAAUGAGUCUGACAACGCAGUUUGUUUUUUCAUCAUGCAAGGUCAAAAAGGUUAUUAAAAUCAUUGAUCAAAACUUUG